UAACCCCUGGCUCACUGCCGGGUGUGGCGGCCCGAGCCCAGGAAAGAGGACAGCCCCUCGCUCCCUCGACGGUCUUUUUGUCCUGGUAAAGGCAAAUGCGUGUCAGCCUUGAAUCGCCACCCUCCCGCACCCGCCCCUAGUGCCUGCGAUAGGAGGCUGGGACAACAGGCUCCGGUGUUUUGGCUGUAUUUCAGGUAAUUUCUGGACAGAAGCUCACACGAUUGUUUACAUCAAAUCAGAUCUUACCAAGUGAAUGCUUGAGUUGCCUUGUAGAGCUGCUUGAAGAUCCAAACAUAAGUGCUCCACUAAUCUUAAGUAUUAUCAGUCUGCUGUCUCAACUUGCUUUAGACAAUGAAACCAAAGAUUGUCUUCAGAAUACGUACAGUCUGAAUAGUGUGCUAGCAGGAGUGGUUUGUCGGAACAGUGCUUGCCACAGCAAUUCAGUGUCUCUACAGUGCAUUCAACUUCUGCAGAGGUUAACCUAUAAUGCCAAAAUUUUCCAUUCUGGCGCCAAUAUAGAUGAAUUAAUUACAUUUCUGAUAGAUCACAUUCAGUCUUCAGAAGAUGAGUUAACUAUGCCUUGUCUGGGAUUAUUGGCAAAUCUUUGUCGGCACAAUCUUUCUGUUCAAACGCACGUAAAGACUUUGAGUAAUGUGAAAUCUUUUUAUCGAACUCUUAUAACUUACUUGGCCCAUAGUAGUUUAACUGUGGUUGUGUUUGCACUUUCAAUAUUAUCCAGUUUGACAUUAAAUGAAGAAGUUGGGGAAAAGCUGUUCCAUGCUCGAAACAUUCAUCAGACUUUUCAGUUAAUAUUUAAUAUUCUCGUAAACGGCGAUGGUACCCUAACUAGAAAGUAUUCAGUUGACCUGCUAACAGAUCUCCUUAAAAAUCCUAAAAUUGCUGAUUAUCUUACCAGGUAUGAGCACUUUUCUUCAUGUCUUAAUCAAGUAUUAGGUCUUCUUAAUGGGAAGGAUCCUGAUUCUUCUUUAAAGGUUUUAGAAUUACUUCUUGCCUUCUGUUCAGUGACUCAGCUGCGCCACGUGCUCACUCAGAUGGUAUUUGAACAGUCUCCAUCUGGCAGCGUCAUUCUGGGAAGUCGUCCCAAGUGUUUGGAACCUACUGUGGCUCUGCUUCGUUGGUCAAGCCAACCUUUGGACACAUCAGAAAACUGUUCUGUUUUAGCACUGGAGUUGUUCAAGGAAAUAUUCGAGGAUGUCAUAGAUACUGCCAGCUCUUCCUCAGCUGAUCGUUUUGUGACCCUUCUGCUGACUACAAUCCUUGAUCAACUUCAGUUUACAGAACAAAAUCUUGAUGAGCCCUUAUUAAGAAAAAAAUGUGAAAGAAUGGUCAAGGCCAUUGAAGUUUUGUUAACUCUGUGUGGAGAUGAUACUCUCAAAAUGCAUCUUGCAAAAGUUGUGACUACUAUUAAAUGCACCACUCUGAUAGAACAACAAUUCACAUAUGGCAAGAUUGACCUGGGGUUUGGAACAAAGGUAGCAGAUUCUGAAUUGUGCAAACUUGCUGCUGAUGUAAUUUUGAAAACUCUUGAUUUGAUGAACAAACUUAAACAGUUGAUUCCUGGUAUGGAAGUAAGCUUCUACAAAAUCCUCCAGGAUUCACGUUUGGUUACUCCUUUGGCUUUUGCUUUAACAUCAGAUAAUAGAGAACAAGUACAGUCUGGAUUGGGAAUAUUAUUGGAAGCUGCACCACUCCCAGAUUUUCCUGCUUUAGUACUUGGAGAAAGUAUAGCAGCAAACAAUGCCUAUAGACAACAGGAAACAGAACAUGUGCCCAGAAGAAUGCAUUUGCAAUCAUUAAAUCACAGUUUCCCAGCAUCAGUAAAGUGUUUAACUCCUCCACUUUUGAAAGAUAAUGUUCCUGGAUUGAACAUUGAGGAAUUAAUAGAGAAACUUCAGUCUGGAAUGGUGGUAAAGGAUCAGAUUAAUGAUGUGAGGAUUUCUGACAUAAUGGAUAUAUAUGAGAUGAAAUUGUCCACUUUAGCCUCCAAAGAAAGCAGGCUACAAGAUCUCUUGGAAGCAAAAGCUCUAGCCCUUGCACAGGCCGAUAGACUUAUUGCUCAGUAUCGCUGUCAAAGAACUCAAGCAGAGACUGAGGCACGGACGCUUGCUAGUAUGUUGAGAGAAGUUGAGAGAAAAAACGAAGAACUCAGUGUGUUGCUGAAGUCACAGCAGGUCGAAUCAGAAAGAGCCCAGAGCGAUAUUGAGCAUCUCUUUCAACAUAACAGGAAGUUAGAGUCUGUGGCUGAAGAACAUGAAAUACUGACAAAAUCCUACAUGGAACUUCUUCAGAGGAAUGAAACUGCAGAAAAGAAAAAUAAAGAUUUACAGAUCACAUGUGAAUCUCUGAAUAAACAAAUAGAGACAGUGAAAAAGUUGAAUGAAUCACUCAAGCAACAAAAUGAAAAAACUAUUGCCCAAUUAAAAGAGAAGGAAGAGCAAAGAAAAGAAGUACACAGCCUGCUAGUAGACAGAGAAUGUAAACUAGCAAACUUGCAACAAAAAGCAGUAGCACAAGAAGAAACGAUUGAAACUUUACAAAAAGAAAGGAAAGAUAAGGAAGAAACCAUUGACCUCCUUAGAAAAGAAUUGAGCAGAACAGAACAGAUAAGAAAAGAGUUGAGCAUUAAGGCUUCCUCCCUAGAAGUUCAAAAGGCCCAAUUAGCAAGUCGUUUGGAAGAGAAAGAGUCUCUGGUGAAGCUUCAACAAGAGGAAUUGAACAAACAUUCUCACAUGAUAGCAAUGAUCCACAGUUUAAGUGGUGGAAAAAUAAAUCCAGAAACUGUGAAUCUCAGUAUAUAGACAUAAGGGCAUUUUGGAGUUUGUAAUCUUAAAGCUAUGUUUGAUGUAUUUAUCUAUUGUGGGGUAGAGGAGGUAAGUUGUAACUCCAAGACAAUAGGAAAUUAUUAUCCGGUGAUUAAUUUAGUAAACAUCCUGAACUGAUACAUGUUUUUAUUUGGUUUUUUGAGUAGAGAGAUGUUUUUAAAGUUUUCCUUUCUAUUUCUGGCUUCUUUUAUUGUGUAAAGCUUUCUUUGGUUCUUAGAUUAGGAUAUUCUUAUCAUCCUGUCAUCAUGUUUCUAGGUUUUUUCCUUUUCCAGAGUUACUUUCCACUCUCUUAACUUAUUCUCAUUUGUGACUAUUUUGAUUUUGAAAUCAAACUUUCCUGAUUUAACAAUCCUAAAGAUUCAUAAAUUAAAAAUACAAUUGAUAAAAAGAGAAAAGGUACAGUAUUGCUGGAGAAGUUUUUCUCUACAGUACCACUAAAGAAAUAAAAUUUUUAUUACAGCAUUUAAGAUGUAUGUCAUAUGUUCUAAAUUUGAAAACAAAUUCAAUGAAUAGUUAUCAGAAUUAAUGUAGAAUUAAGAAAUAGAUGUGUUAAAUGAUUACAUUGUCAUAUAAAGAACUAGGUGAUAACUUAUAGAAUUUUUUGUAAGAUAUCUUCAGUUUUUUUAAUUCUUUUUAAAAUGGCACCUAUUGACCCACCAUAUCACUUUAAUCAGUGAUGGGUUUUUUAUGAUUUCCUUAAGAAUAAUUCAGAUUCUACUCUUGCUACAUAUUUGGAAAUUCAGUGUUUGCUGUUAAUUCUGAUGUGAAUUGCAUUUAAUGUAUUGUCUUAGAGUUAAAUAGUUUUUAAUUGGACCAUUUUAUUUUAAAGAGUAGUUUAAAUAUCUUUAUUCAUGUAUUUCUUUAAUACAAGAGAAUUUUUCAUUUGAAUCAAAUGAUGUAAGUAGUGUGUUUAAGAAAAGAAUUUAUAUCAAUAUUUUGAUUGAUAUCAUUGCUACACUAUUACAACCAUUCAUUUUAGUGUUUUCUUCCUGUAUCUCUGCUUGAUUUUAGUGAAUUUAAAAACAUACUUCUAAUUUUUAACCACAGUAUAUCUGAAUUUAUGUUUAGAAAUUAAACAUGCAAAUAUUUUAGAACUUUACUAGUCAUACUAAAUACUAUCAAGCUAUAAUAGUUUUAUAUAUUUGUAUACAUUUUGUACAGUUCUACAAAUUUUGAAACAUUGUACAGAGUAAAACAUGUUAAAUUGCUACUUGUUUUAAAGACGUACAUUCUAUUUUCCUUUGAAACAACAUACAUUUUCAGUUUAAUGGGAAAAAAUAUUUAAAUGGAUGGAUACGACUGAAAAACUAAAAGUAGACUUUCAUCUUGCCAAGGUUUUCCCUUAGUUUUCUAAAAUAAGUAAGUGAAUGAAUUAAUUAACCAAAAGCUCUAAGGAAAAUCAAACAAUUUAGAAACUCUUGUCAAGACACUGAGCCUAGCCCAGUACUACCCAGUGGAACUUUGUGCAAUGAUAGAAAUAUUCUAUAUCUGUGCAGUCAGGUACCACAGCUAUUAGCCAUUUGUGCCUAUUGGGUACUAGUGGCUAGUGCAAUUGAAGAACUAAAUUUUAGAGUUUUUUUUUUUUAUUGUACUUCAGGUGAAGGCUUACAGAACAAAUAACUUUCUCAUGAAACAGUAGUACAUAUGUUGUUUUAUGACAUUGGUUAACAACCCCAC